AUGACCUCUGACAUGCAAACUGCCCCAGCGUGAAGCCUGCACUUCAGGGCGCGGGAAGCAGACACAAGAGACGAUGGUCCAGCUCGGAUAGCACACUCUACACUCUUCUACAGCCACAGAAGGUGGUACCGUAGGCCCCUCCCACACGUACCCCGCUGUGCCGCCGCCCAGGCCGUAAGUUGUUGGACGCUAGUGGUUGGUCAUCAUUCAGUCAGGACCCACGGUUGACAAACGUACCCGCAGGACAGUCGCGCGACCAACAUGGCACCGGACAUCCAAGGCAACGGGGCUACGGAGAAGACUCCGUCCAUGGAGAACAUGGACGUCGGGGACGGAGACGGGGAGGAGACGGUCAAGAUGAAGAAGAGGGUGACCCUGAUGAACGGAGUCGCCAUCAUCGUCGGCACGAUCAUCGGCUCGGGUAUCUUCGUGUCGCCGGUCGGCGUGAUCGCGAACUGCGGGUCGGUUGGACUGUCGGUGAUUGUGUGGGCCAUCUGCGGGGUGGUCACCAUCAUCGGUGCGCUAUGCUUCGCCGAGCUCGGCACCUGCAUCCCCAAGUCAGGAGGGGACUACAUCUACGUCCUGGAGGCGUUCGGCGACGCCUUCGAGGGCUGCGCGGGGCGGUGCUCCACGGCGGGGGCGCAGAAGUUCUGCCGACACAUGGGUAAACUGUUGGCCUUCCUCUGCCUGUGGAUCAACCUACUCAUCAUCAGGCCCACCACACAAGCUAUCGUGGCGCUCACCUUCGCCAACUACAUCGUCAAACCGUUCUUCCCGACCUGCGACGGGCCCGACUCUGCCAUCCGACUUCUGGCUGUCCUGUGUCUCGUGACCUUGACGUUCAUCAACUGCGCCAGUGUCCGUGCCGCCACACGGGUACAGGACAUCUUCACUGUGGCGAAAGUGUUGGCACUCAUCCUCAUCAUCAUCUGCGGCUUUGUACAGAUAGGCAAAGGUGAGGCAGAAUACCUGAGGCCGGACAAAGCUUUUGAAGGCACAUCAAGUGACGUCGGCGCUAUAGCCGUGGGGUUCUACUCCGGACUGUUCGCCUAUGGAGGCUGGAACUACCUUAAUUUCGUCACAGAAGAGCUACAGAACCCGUUUGUAAAUCUUCCAAGGGCCAUCAUCAUUGGCCUGUCGCUGGUCACCACAGUCUAUGUUUUGACCAAUAUCGCGUACUUCACCGUGUUGUCGCCGGUCCAGAUGCUGGCUGCCCCCGCCGUAGCCGUCACUUUCGGCGACCAGCUCCUCGGUGUGAUGUCCUGGAUCAUUCCUGUGUCCGUGGCCCUGUCCUGCUUCGGAGGGGUCAAUGGCUCUCUUUUCACUUCCGGAAGGUUGUUCUUUGUGGGAGCACGUGAAGGCCAUCUCCCCGACGUUAUGGCGAUGAUCCACACGCGGAGCCUGUCUCCAGUGCCGGCUCUUAUCUUCACGUGCACGUUGUCGGUGAUCAUGUUGGUAUCAGACGACAUCUUCGUCCUGAUCAACUACGUCAGCUACAUCUGGUACCUGUGGUUCGGCAUCGCCACUGUCGGCAUGAUAAUGCUGAGGUACCGCAGACCCGACAUGCCCAGACCGUACAAGGUUCCAUUGGCCCUCCCAAUCAUCUUCCUGCUCGUCUGCAUCUUCCUGGUGGUCUUCUCAUUCGUACAAAUCCCGUACGAAUGCCUCUUCGGCACCAUCAUCAUGUUAUCGGGCAUCCCCUUCUACUUUGUCGGGGUUUACUGGGAGGACAAACCGAAGUUCCUGACAAAUUUCCUCGAGUCCUUCACAUACUACUGCCAGAUGACGCUAAGCGUCGUGCCGCAGCACACCUACGGCUGAGGAAGAACGCCAAGACCGGCACAGAAGAAGCUCAAGUCGCUACAAAAUGGCCGAUUAUUUUUGGGUGACGGUGGUGUUGUGUUGUUCUCAAUCUGUGUCCUUUGUGAGAAGUUCGUCGCUUGUAGCUUCCUGUAACUGUUUGUUCUUCUCAGUAUCUGCUUGUCUGCUGUGGCGAUUGCUUUGAAGCUGGAGGAGAUGCACAUGUUUUAACCGCAUCUCCAGUUGUUGCUUUAAUUGUGAAUUUUCCUCCUCUCAUAAAGAUGUAGUGUUCUGUUGGCUGUAUCGAGGAGACAUUGUUAAUGUGUCUCAUCUCGUUUCCGCCAAACUGCCAAAGCUUUUAUUGCAAUAAUACUGUAUAAACAGUGUCGCUGUUACUUUCGUUAUGCACAUGUAACUACUCCAGUACGUUCUCUCUUUUCAGACUCUGUUACAAAAUACUGCCAGCUCACCCUUAAUAUAAUACCACUGCCCAACUGAGCUGUUCCGAGCACUCUGGCAUGACGGCUUCUCUUCAUGGUAGAGUUGUCUGCAGCGCCUUUCUUCAUCUUAGCGACUUCAUGGAGUAUUGCACCAUAAGUCGCAUAACUGCUCUGCCUACUACAUACAAGUACCUCGAAGUACCCAGAAAAAAACUCAACAGCAAAACCUAGUCGCUACAUAAUGUUUGGUAGAUAGUGUGUACAUGUAGUAUCUGAUGGAUUUACGGUGCUACCUCACUAGGGUAUUUAUUGGUCAUGAAAAUUGCUUCAAGAAUUCUUUGAAAAUAUUUGUUCGACAAAUCCUAAAUGGUGGUAUCUGCACGAUUUGCUCUACAAAAUGCAUAUUUCCUACACACUUUGAGUAAAGUGAAGUAACUUAAACGCCAAAAUGCUAUUUUACGUUUUAUGAACUUAUAUCAGAUAUGACAACACGUAUUGUAGUCUAAGCUUUAGCUGUAGCAAACUAGUAGGAAAAUUCAAAUGUACUUGUUCUUAACUUUUUAGAUUUCGAUGUGUUCAAGAAACGUUACUUUAAAACGUUUUAAGUAGAUGACAUGGACUAUUUAUUUCCUGCAUCAUCACAUUUUAUACCCCAAAUAUUAAUGAUAGUUGAAGAAAUAUGACGGGAGUAGUACAUUACGUCAUUGAAUACUAUAUGGACCAACAAAAAUGAAUUUGGGAACAUUUUGAAUUAUCGAAGGCCUCUAUUUCAAACCUAAAAUGUUACCACAUGUAAAUAAUUGCUUUAAAAAUCUUCAGAAAGAAGAGUUUGAUAUGAAUUUUUAUUCGAGUUUACUUUUAGAUAUUAGGUAUAGCAAGGAAAUAUUGGGCAUCUGGUUGGGCAUCACAUGGUAUUCUGUUGAAAAGGAAAAGCAUCCAAAGUUAUAGGAAUAUUAUGUCAACUACUUGUGCCGGAAUGCUAAUGCCUUACUUAAAUUGUAUAGCUUUAAGUUAUGUCUUCCCUAUGGAUUGCCAACUUGAAACUGAUAACGAAAAUUUGUGUACGGCUUUUAACUUUUGUUUGUUAGCACCAUAUAAAUGAAAUGUGAAUAUAUUGUUAUUUCCAAGCAGAUGGGUGGUGGUAGAUCCGUUUUGGAUGUCAUAGUUGGGUAGGGUUAAAGAAUCUAAGUCAUCCGAUAAAAUAUAGACCCCGUAACAUCUGGCUAUAAAAUCGGAUAUAAUCGAUUUUGAUGACUUGGACAGGAUGAUACAUGUAUGUAUUUUAAGUCCAAGGGUUUCACGUGAUAUUCACGUGAUAUUCACGCGACAUCUCAACUGAAUCUCGCGUAAAUGUACGAGACUCUACUAUGCCUGCUUAAUGCGUUAACAGUGGCUGGCAUUUGACAUACUUACUUCUCUACUCGUAUUUUCAUCGCGUUUUGCCGCUGCGUUUAUGAUAUAUUAUAUAUGUGUAUAGAAGAACAACAGAAGUUGUGUACACAAGAAAACAUUGCCUUGUCAAAGGAAGACUUAUGCUGAGGUCACAUUUCCAAACCGGGGCCCGGCCGGGCAGUCGUAUGGAACGAAAAGUAUGAUAGUAAAAGACAACAAAGCACAAAAAAGAGGAAAAACUAAUAAUGGGAACUAUUUGCGUAUAUUCUUGAUAUAAAUUGUUGAUUUUUCGUUAAUCGACACAGCCCGGCAGGGCACCGGUUUGGAAAUGUGACCUCAGCAUCACGGACGUUUGCACCCUUCCAACAUAUAGGUAUUCAAGAUGACGAAUGGUAAAUGUCUACACACCUUUAUUUCACUAUCCUUAGCUAGGAAUGAUCUUGUCUCUGCAAUGUAUCCGCAAUGUCAUUCAAUACUGCUGCAAAAAAAAUAAGCGCGUAUCUUAACUGUUAGCCUCAGGAAGAGCAAUGUAUAUGUUGACUGGGAGCAACCGUCAAUAAAGAACACGUUUCAAAAUUC